UAUCAGAAUUUUAACCCUCAACCAUGGCGGAGGAGAGAUCGACCGGGAAGGUGCGGUGGUUCAACGACGUCAAGGGCUAUGGCUUCAUCACCCCCGACGACGGAGGCGAGGACCUUUUCGUCCACCAGUCCUCGAUCAGAUCCGACGGUUUCCGCACCGUCGCGGAGGGCGAGUCCGUCGAGUUCUUUAUCGACUUCGGUGACGACGGCAAGACCAAAGCCGUCGAUGUGACAGGACCUAACGGCGCGCCGUUGGUCGGUAACAAGAAGGAGAACUUCGGUCGCUCUGGGGGCCGCGGUGGCGGUGGUGGCGGUGGCGGUUUUGGAUUUGGAGGUGGAUGGAGAGGCGGUGAUAGGAGGAAUGGAGGCGGUGCCGGUGGCGAUGGGUGUUAUAGUUGCGGCGAGCCUGGGCACAUGGCUAGAGAUUGCCGUCAGGGCAGUGGAGGUGGCGGAGCCGGUGGUGGUGGCUGUUUUACUUGUGGUGGGUAUGGCCACGUGGCAAGGGUCUGCCCUAAUGGGACUAGCGGUGGUGGUGGAGGUGGCGGUGGCGGUGGCGGCGGCGGCGGCGGCGGCUGCUACAAGUGUGGUGCAUUUGGGCAUAUGGCGAGGGACUGUGCUACUGGUGGAGGCGGCGGCGCUGGUGCUGGUUCUGGUGCUUGCUAUAGCUGUGGGGCAUAUGGCCACAUGGCGAGGGAUUGCAGCAGCGGCGGCGAUAGCAGUGCUCGUGGAGGCGGACGAUAUGGAUUGAGCUCUGGAUCAGGUUGUUAUAACUGUGGGGAAGCAGGGCAUUUUGCUAAGGAGUGUGCUAAUCCUCCUAAUCCCAACGCUUGAAGGAAAUAAAAGAGGAGAGAGAGUAAUAGUAAAUAUUCUCCUCAAGAAUCUUUAAUCUUUUUGUUGCUAAAUCAUUAGUCUUUUAGUAUUUGGGUCUCUUAAUUUUGCGUUUUGGUGGGAUAUACAUAUGAUGGUUUUUGCAAAAGGGAUUUAAUUUUUCUGAUCGAUGAUAAGUGCCGUUGUUUGGCGAACAAGUUUUCCCCUUUCACAUGCAUAUAUGUGGCGGUUCGGCUAUAGAACUAGGUGCCUUUUCAUAUUAAUCCUUCUUAUCAUGUUAUCGGUGACGCUAGGGGCUAUUAAAUUGAAAGCCUUUUAUUUUAAGUGUUAA